UUAAAUGUCAAAAAUAAAUGCGAAGAUGAUUCCGUAAAAUGUAACACGUUGAUCCUCCCUUCCCAUUUUCUAAUUGUAGGCAGGCCAGUUUUGCACGGACCUUGGAUACAGAUCUCAGAUCGGCGAUCACUUGUCAGUCACAUUGUUAUGCACGUGAGAACUGGGAUAAUUAGGUCAUAAGUACCAUUGUAUCUUGGUUGACACCGACUCGGGUGGAUCUUUCCUACAGGAUCAAAAUAUUUCCGUGCUCGCAGUAAGGAAGGUUUACCCGAAGAUUCCCCCACUGUUCAAUUAUCGAUAAGGGGAAUAAUUCCAGAAGACUCUCGGCGCAGGCGCAUUUCAAUUCUGGCCAGUUUGGUUUUAGUCGUUUUUUUUGGCCUCGACGAUUCGACGAUACCCGUUACCCGUGGACAUCUCUCACGAUUGAAAUACUUGGCUUCGUCUCAGAAUUCAUUCCAUUACGGUAAAAGUAGCCCCUUACGAAGCCGAAUUGCCGUGACCCCAUCACGCCAGAAUGUAUUCUUUCGAUUCCUUUUUAUCGACUCGGUCGUAACCAAUCCUAAUAACUGUUUUUUUCAAUUAGAAAAAGGGAAUAUCUUUCAAGAAUAUUAAUCGCAAUCAUGUCAGCGCAUCCCGCUACGUCACCCGCCUCAUCCCAAGUGGCUGAUGAUCAGCCCAAGGGUAAGGAUACCAACAGCGUCUCAAACAAUCCCCCGUCGGAAGUUCAACCGACUCAACCGACGUCUCAAGAUGCCAAUCAUCACAAUCCUGUACAACCUGAUGACGAAUCCUCCGAAGAGAAAAACAGCGCCGCACCCGAAUUCUCUACGAAGUCGCCUGAGUCGCAAGAAUCUGGCGAGGCAUCACCGGUCGCAUCUACUACAUCUUCUACAUCACCUGGCGCCGAUGACUCGAGCGCACCUCCUCUACCGAACGAAGCACCUCCCGCGACUGAAGAUGAUGGUUGGGACUUCCAUUGGGAUGCGACAAAUCAAACAUACUUCUUUCACAAUCGGUUCACAAACGAGACCACUUGGGAGAACCCCCGACUAGCACAGAAUGGUGCAGCUUCGACGUCACAAACCCAAGCUGCUCCUUCUGGCGUCGCUGAGCCUCCUAAAAACGAACGCUUACCAGCCGGAGGCUACAAUCCCGCGAUUCAUGGUGACUACGACCCGAAUGCGUGGUACGCCAAGAAUACGGAGGAGAACGCUGCGAACCAAGGACAAUCGGUCGACCCAUCAGCUGCUUACGCGGCUAUGGGCACCUUCAACCGCUUCACCGGUCGCUGGCAAGGCGACGACCAAAAUCCCGACCGACAUGGUGACGAAGCCAAGUCUCGCCGACAGAUGAACGCGUUCUUCGAUGUAGACGCCGCAGCCAAUUCCCACGACGGUCGAAGUCUAAAGGCAGAAAGAUCGGGCAAGAAGCCGACUAAAGCCGAGCUUAAGCAGUUCAAAGAAAAGCGCCGAGCCAAGAAAGAAGAGAAGCGAAGAGCUUGGCUGCGCGACUAGGUCGCGUGACCUCUACCUAUCCCAACUAUAUCUUAUAAUGUAUCCUUUAUCAAGGUACUUACCUACUCUACCUUAGCCUC